UUCACUACGCCCACGCGCACGGACGCGCGUACGCAGCAGCGAGCGUCUCAUCAAACCAGAGCGGAGCCCAAGAGGAGCUAAACAUGGCGACCUCGAAUAAUCCGCGCAAAUUCAGCGAAAAGAUCGCGUUACACAAUCAGAAGCAAGCGGAAGAGACAGCUGCGUUCGAGGAGGUGAUGAAAGACCUGAGUAUUACUCGGGCGGCUCGUUUACAAUUACAGAAGACUCAGUAUUUACAGCUUGGUCAGAACCGAGGACAGUACUAUGGCGGCUCUUUGCCAAAUGUCAAUCAGAUUGGAAACACCACUAUUGACCUUCCCUUUCAGAAUUCAGGAUUGGACACAAAUAGAACAACUCGUCACCAUGGGCUGGUGGACAGGGUCUACCGGGACAGGAAUCACAUCACGUCGCCACACCGCAGACCUCUCUCUGUGGACAAACAUGGCCGUCAAAUUGAUAGCUGUCCGUAUGCCUCUGUGUAUCUGUCACCCCCACCUGAUACCAGCUGGAGGAGGACCAACUCAGACUCUGCCCUGCACCAGAGCACUUUUAACCCAAACCCACAAGAUGCAUUUGCAGGAGGAUCUCAAGAUUUGCAGCCAAAACAAGUUCUUCUUCUCACUAUGCCAGGAACAGGGGAAUCUGAGAGUGACAUGGACAAAGAAGGUCAAAAGCAGAUAUGGGGUCACAAAAAGACUACUUCAAGGCCCGAGUCAAACAAAAUACCUGGAAUCAACAUAUUUCCAUCUCCAGAUCAGGAAAUGACUACAUCUCUAAUCCCAGCGGCACACAACACGGGCGGCUCUCUGCCAGACCUGACCAACAUCCAGAUACCCCCUCCUCUCCCCACACCUCUGGACCCUGAUGACUCCUCGUCCUCUCUCAGUACCUCCAACAGCACUGGCAACCUGGCCAACACUCACAUGGGCUUUACUUCUGCCAGCCAAGCCCAGCCCACAGUGACAGUGAGCAUUCAGCGCCGGCAUGAGAAUGUAGUUCCUCUGAUCCUCAACACAGACUCCCAGCAGCACCAGAAUCUUCAGCAGCUGUCGCCCACCCUCUCUCCUCCGUUCUCUAUGUCACAGGCGGUGACGAUAGACGCCAUGUCCCUGGAGCAACAGUUGGCUCAGUAUGCUUUCUUUAGUCAGCCGUCUACACAGACACAGGGGGUCGGUGGGCUUCCUCAGCUCCAGCAGAACACCCAGCUGCCACCGGUCUCAUGCAACCAGACGCAAACCUCUAUGGGCAUUGAUAUUAACACGGCUGCUUCCCUCCAGCAGUACCGCUGUAGGGUGGGGUCUUCGGCCAAUCAGUCUCCAACCUCUCCGGUCUCCAAUCAAGGCUUCUCUCCGGGGGGAUCGCCUCAACACUCAUCCAUUUUCGGAAGUGUCUUUGGUGAUGCCUUUUACGAUCAGCAGCUGUCCCCUCGGCAGACCAGCGCUUUGUCUCAGCAGCUGGAGCAGUUCAACAUGAUUGAGAAUUCCAUCGGCUCAAGCAGUCUGUACACUGAGGGAUCCACUCUAAACUACUCUCAAGCUGCGAUGCUCAACCUCACCGGGAGCCACGGCAACAUGCAGGACGUGCAGCAGCUAGGCUACAGCAGCCAUGGGAACAUCCCCAACAUCAUUCUCACAGUUACAGGAGAGUCUCCCUCGAGCCUAUACAAAGAGUUGUCCAACUUUCUGACAGGUGACAUGAGCUUUGACGCAGAUUCCCAGUUCCCUCUGGAUGAGCUGAAAAUCGAUCCACUGACGCUGGACGGCCUGCACAUGCUCAACGAUCCAGACAUGGUUCUGGCCGAUCCGGCCACAGAGGAUGCUUUCCGGAUGGACAGGCUGUAAUCAUUAGGUAUAUGAUGUUCAUUUGUCCUUUUUUGAGAUCGGUGUGAUUAAGUGGGAGAGAAGCAGCUUGUCUGGGGGACACUUGACCCAGUUUCUCAAAGCCCAUCCUCUGGGAAGAUAUUGCUGAGAAUGUUGCCACAGCAUGCUAGGGGAAAAAUGGAAAAGCAGUGCUGCCACAUCUAAUGAAUCAGCCUUUUGAGCAAGCAGCCCAUCGUUUCUUAGGAUAAUACACUCGCACCUCAGCAAUUGUGGUUCCUUUAGCUCUAUAGAGAGAAUGUGACACUACAUAAGAUCCCUGACCGUUCAAGCAUUUCAUUUCCUGUAGAAGCCUCUCCUUCUCCUUAUGCCUGCCAUACAUGCCUGUUACUUUCCUUUUUUGCUUUAAAUAUAAAUUUAGUUAUGCACUUUUAUACAUGCAUAUGCCACAAAAAACAUUGUUCAUGAUCUGUUUUUAAUUUAUUUUCCUAUACAAAUAUUGAAUAUUGUUAAAAAGGAGUGCUAUUCCUCCCCAUUUUAAGGGCAGUUUUCAUGCACCUGCAUUAUGUUUAUCUUUACACAUCAACACUAAUGUACUUCAGUGCAGUCUGAACAUAUGAUUGUAAUGUUUAAUAGAUGUCUAGUUUUAUCACGUUGUGCUCAGAUAGUGGUACAGUGCUAAUGUGGCUCAAGAUGAUCAAAUUCAUCUGGUUUAAAAGUGUACAACUGGAAAUCUUAAUAUCAAAAGACACAUUUACACAUUUAAUGGGAUUAUUCACUCAAACAUGAAAGUUCUGUGAUCAUUUGCUCACUCUCGUGUUGUUUCAAACCUGUAUAACUUUCAUCUGUGGAAAAAAAUAUUACAGCAUAUCUGUGAGGCCCCCCUAUAAAAAAAAAAAGAUGGGGCCCCUCCCACCAGCAGUGAUAUCAUGUAUGAAAAUUUAUUGUGCACCUGCUACAACAUACUCUUGAAUUAUCAUUGCAUCGAUGCAUUUGACAUUAUAAAAUAACAUGCGUAUUUGAUAUCGCUUUUUAGUCAGACUGAAAUCCCUGCAGGAAUAAGAAUUUUGUCUAUGAACGUAGAGGCAAAAGUGCAAAUAGUAGGAGAAUCCUUCAACAAAAAUAAUAAUACACAAACAUUUGUUAUAUAAGAACCAGUCUACAUACAUGUAAGGGUAAGAACAGGUAGAAAUAGCUCUUUAACAUAAAGAUUACACGUUACCACUUUUUACAGUGGGAGGUAAACGCUUAACAUAAAAAUUUUGUGUGUUGCAUUCAUAUUCUGAGCUCUUCUGCAGAGUUUGAUCUUUUAAAAUCACUAAUGCAUAGUCACACGAAGCAUAAAAAAAUCCACUUCGAUUAUGUUGCGGCUGUCUUAGAUGUAUAGUGUUUAUGACAAGUGGGAUGUGAGAAAAAAUACAUUUUCCCUUGUUUUGGAUUAGAACAUUAUUAAGCCACGUUAAGAGUUUUUCACACACUUUUCCAGUCCACUGCUCUACUUUUGUGCUUGCGUCUCACAUCUUUUGCAGUGUCUCGAGUAUGACACGGCAUUGUAAAAACGUAGCGCUUAAGUCAAAAUUUUAAAAGUUUGAAAAAAGAGAGUGUACAUUUUUGCCGAAUUCCAUUGCCGCGUCUUGUGUUUAUCAAAGCAAAAACACGUUCUGUGAAUGCCUUUUAGAAAAGAAAAAAUCCAGGGGUGUCCUGAAGAACUGUUUUUGUCCAUACAUUGAAAGUCAAUGGAGUCCAAAACAAAACAUUUGGGCCCCAUUGGCAUGAAAGUGAGUAAAUGAUGACAGAACAUUUUAAUUUGGGGUGAACUAUUCCUUUAAAAUGUGCAGCAUAUGCACAUAAACAAUGUUAAAUGCCUUGCAAUUUGUUAUGUAUUAGAAAAUCUUUUCAUGCCAGUGAUAUGGUGGUGUUUUAAAUCAACAGAAUUAUAUAUUAAAUGUACAGUAUGUAAUGUUAUAGUAUGGCCUAUAAUCUCAGCCAUGGUAACUGGUACAGUCAAAAUCAUGCUGCAAACUUUAGCAUUACUUGUUAGUUACUAGUUUACUCUAAAAGAAACAUGAAGACAGUAUGUGAUCGUAAUGAGCGUUUGCACAUAUGUAUCAGAACUAUUCACUGUGAUAACCAGAUUCUGCCUUACGCUGAAGAUGCAGUUUUUGUCCGUUUUGUUCUCUGUAGCUGAAGGUGUUUUCCGGUACUGUAAAAGUUGCUGUAACUCACAAGGUUGUCCUGGCGCACAGAUCUCAUUCGUCUUCUGGUGGCUUUGUGAUAUCAUAUGCCCAAAUGGGGAGGUUUACUACUCUUUUUAAAUCCUGUCACUUUCAUCUUUUUCUCAUAUUUCUCAGACUUUUAUACUCUAACCACUUUUGUAAGUGUGAGAAUUUUGUUUACAAAUUUGAAAACGUAAAUACGAUCUUAAUGUUUAAAUUAUUGAAAUGCUGAAUAUAUACAAAAAAAAUAUUUUACGAAAUUUUAUUAUCAGUUUAAGGGGAUAAUCGGAUUUGGAUUAAUAUCUAUGCAAAGCAUAAACAAACACUAGAUCACAAAAAAAAAAAAAAAAAAACUAAAGAAAAGGCUCAAACAGAUGAACGGCUUUUACAGCA